UUAUAAUUUAAUAUAAUUUGAAGUUUUGGAUUACAAAAUAAUUUUUUAUAUAAAAAAUUUUUUAAAAAUUAAAAAGAAGGAAGAAACCAGAGACUCUAGACAAUACCAUAAUAUACAAUCAGCAGCCGACCAAACUGGAAGUUUCUCGGUUUCUUCUCUACAUGAUAACUGCCAAGGCAAGAAGACAAAGGAUAAUCAGGAUUGAAGAUAGAAAUUUACCAAGAAACCCCUUCUGGAGAGACUGCUCAUUCUGCCAACGCUGUUUUUGCUUUCUAGAGAAUGCUUCAUUGCAAAGGAAAUUAAACCGUGUAUAGAGACAACAGACAACUGAAUCAUGAUCUAUAUAUUGUAAGUUUUUCAGCUUCUCCCUGACAAUCCAUCAGAGAGGAAACUGAGUACCUUUUAUUCAAAAUCAUGUCAGGAACGCCAGGUGAAUCAGAAAAGAAUCAGCAAUCCCUGCAGCCAUCUUAUCCCAAUAUUGAGGCAGCAGAAUCCAGGCAACCAUCUUCUGCAUCUGGAAUAACAGAUGAAUCAAAGCCUCAUCAAACUUCAGCACAAGUGCCAUCAUCUUCAUCUCCACCAUCUGAAGAUGAAAAGAAGAAAUGGGGUACCCAUGUCAUGGGACCCCCUGCAGCCCCAACUGUGCACCCAGACAACCAGAAGGCAGCUUUAUGGAACGCCGGUGACCACCAGCAAAUCUAUCAGCAGCCUUACCUCGUCUACUCCCCUGUGGAGAAACCAAGCUACAACCCUCUUGAACCUGUGAUUCAAAUGUUCAAUACCUGGAGCAGCAAGGCUGAGACCAUAGCUCGCAAUAUCUGGCACAACCUUAAAACCGGACCAUCUGUGUCGGGAGCUGCAUGGGGGAAGGUAAAUUUGACAGCAAAAGCAAUAACAGAGGGAGGAUUUGAAUCACUCUUCAAGCAGAUUUUUGCAACCGAUCCAAACGAGAAGUUGAAGAAGACAUUUGCUUGUUACCUCUCCACAACAACAGGCCCCGUAGCUGGAACCCUUUAUUUAUCAACGGCAAGGGUUGCCUUCUGCAGUGAUCGUCCCUUAUCAUUCACUGCUCCUUCAGGACAGGAGACUUGGAGUUACUACAAGGUCAUGAUACCUUUGGCGCAUGUUGGCACAGUUAACCCUGUGGUCAUGAAAGAAAAUCCACCAGAGAAGUACAUUCAGAUUGUCACCAUUGAUGGCCACGAAUUCUGGUUCAUGGGAUUUGUUAAUUUUGAGAAAGCCUCACAUCAUCUCUUAGACAGCUUGUCAGAUUUCAGAGCAACUCAGAAUGCAGGAGAACCAGUUGCUGGGUAGACCAGAGUCUUAGUGACCUUUUGGUUCCUUCUUCCUCCUAUAAAUUUCGAUAUUCUCUGCAUGUUGAUUUCUUAUGUUUGAGUUGAGGACAUGAGUUGGCUUGUGAAUAUGUAUUGUUAUGAAUUUUCUUACAUACAUUUGUUGUUUAUAUGUUUUGUUGCUUCCUGAUUUAUAUAGAUGCUAUCCAUCUUAUUGUUAGUUUUUUCUUAAGUAAUAUGAAUGUGGACUGAGCUUUCAUGUGUGUUCCAAUAGCUUCAAAAAUAAAAUUAGACCCAUCUU